AUGGUAACCAAAGGGCUUCUCGCCCUCGGAUCGGCAAUUCCUGCCCUUGCAGGCUCCCUUGUCCCACGUCAAAGCACGCCUCUCGACGACUGUCCUGGCUACGCAGUCAGUAACGUCCAGAACGAUGGCUCCCGGGUUACUGCAGAUCUUACCCUUGCCGGCACUGCUUGCAAUGCUUACGGCGAAGAUCUCACUGAUCUCAAGCUCGAGGUUGAGUAUCAGACUGAGGAUCGCCUUCACGUGAAGAUCUACGACGCGGCUGAACAGGUCUUUCAGAUCCAGGAAUCCGUCUGGCCUCGCCCUGCUGAUGACGAGGGCACCGACCCUGAAAAGUCGGCUUUGACCUUCACUUGGACCGAUAGCCCGUUUUCUUUUGCCAUUAAACGUAGGGCCACCAAUGAGACGCUCUUCGAUACUUCGGCAGCUUCUCUUGUUUUCGAGACGCAGUACCUUCGCUUAAGAACCGCUCUACCACCUUUGCCAAACCUGUACGGUCUUGGUGAAUCAACGGAUGCUUUCCAUCUCAACACCACCAACUAUACGCGAACUCUUUGGAAUCGAGAUGCCUAUGGCACGCCACCAGGAUCCAACCUCUACGGAGCUCACCCGAUCUACUUUGAUCACCGCGGUGAGAAUGGUACUCACGGUGUUUUCUUGGCUAGCUCUGAGGGUAUGGACAUCAAGAUUGAUGAUACUGACGGUCAGUUCCUUGAGUACAACACUCUCGGUGGUGUUCUUGACUUCUACUUCCUUGCUGGACCCGGCCCUAAGGAAGUUGCAACUCAAUACUCAGCCCUUUCUGGCUUGCCUGCUAUGAUGCCUUACUGGGGUUUCGGCUCACACCAAUGCAAGUAUGGCUACCGUGAUGUUUGGGAGGUUGCCGAGGUUGUAGCAAACUACUCUGCUGCUGAUAUCCCACUUGAGACCAUGUGGACCGAUAUCGACUACAUGGAGCUUCGCCGCUUGUUCACCCUGGAUCCCGAGCGUUACCCGCUUGAGCUUGUUCGCCAGCUUGUAGACUAUUUGCAUGCUCACCAACAGCACUACAUUCUGAUGGUCAACUCCGCUGUCUGGAGCGGUGACUAUGAUGCCUACAACAACGGUGCAAAGCUUGAAGUCUUCCAGAAGAAGAGCAACGGCUCCUUCGAACAGGGUGCUGUCUGGCCAGGCCCUACUGUCUUUCCAGAUUGGUUCCAUCCCAACACCCAGAAAUACUGGGAUGAGGAAUUCGCUCGCUUCUUCGACCCCGCUACUGGUGUUGAUAUCGAUGGACUUUGGAAUGACAUGAAUGAACCCGCCAACUUCUGCCCAUACCCCUGCUCAGACCCUGAAGCCUAUUCUGAGGAGUCCAAGAACCCACCCGAGCCACCGGCGGUGCGCACUUCUGCAGGUCGCCAAAUCCCUGGCUUCCCAGCAGGUUUCCAGCCACAGUCUAACUCUAGCACUGCAAGGCAUGCUAAGCACCUCGGUCUUCCCGGUCGUGAUCUGAUCAACCCCAAGUACCAGAUCCACAACGAAGCCGGUUCAAUCAGCAACAGGACCCUGGCUACGGAUAUCAAGAAUUACGAUGGCUCUUAUCACUACGAUACGCACAACUUCUGGGGCUCGAUGAUGAGCAUUACCUCUCACAAGUCUAUGCAAGCUCGCCGUCCCGAAAGACGGCCAUUCAUUAUCACUAGGUCAUCUUUCCCUGGCCUCGGUUCUUAUCUCGGAAAGUGGCUUGGUGACAACGUCUCCGAGUGGGCACAAUACCGCUUCUCGAUUGCCGGCAUCUUGAACUUCAACACCAUCUUCCAGAUCCCCAUGGUCGGUCCAGAUAUUUGCGGUUUCGCCGGAAACACGACCGAGACUCUCUGCGCCCGCUGGACCACUCUUGGUGCUUUCUACCCGUUCAUGAGGAACCACGCCGGCGACACUUCCAUCAGCCAAGAAUACUAUCGCUGGCCUCUCACCAGGGCCGCAGCCAAGAACGCCAUCGCAGUCAGGUACAGGCUCUUGGACUACUUCUACACGGCCUUCCACCGCCAGGCCACCACCGGUCUACCCAGCUUGAACCCCCUCUUCUUCCACUACCCCACCGACGCCAAAACCUUCGGCAUUGAGCACCAGUUCUUCUACGGAGACAGCAUCCUCGUCUCGCCCGUCCUCGAAGAAAACUCCACCUCAGUCUCCAUCUACCUCCCCAAAGAUGUCUUCUACGACUACUGGACCGGCGAGCGCAUCCAAGGAAACGGCGAGAACAUUAACCUCACUGACGUAGGAUUCGACACCAUCCCCCUCCACGUCAAAGGUGGAUCCAUCCUCCCUCUCCGCGCCGAAUCCGCAAACACAACCACCGAGCUCCGCAAACAAAACUUUGUCCUCUGGAUCGCACCAAAUGCUACCAACCAAGCCUCUGGCUCGCUCUACCUCGAUGAUGGAGAUUCCCUCGAGCAGAAGUCUACUUCGCUCAUUAACUUCUCCUUCAACAACGGCGCCUUCAGCAUGAGCGGCGAUUUCGGAUUCGAGACUGAGCUUGUCAUUCAGAAUAUCACCAUCCUGGGUACCUCGCAGAGCGUACAGGGCCCUGUUGCGCUUACCAAGGGCUGGGAACAUAACUUUGGGGCUGGUGCUGGUAUGCCGCAGUUUGAUAGUGGUGCAGCCGAGUCGCGUCGAGUUGUUGCUGCAGUUUGGGGUUUGGUUGCGGGGGCUGUCAGUGUUUGGUUCAGCUUGUAAGGCUGACUGGAUAUAAAAAGUUUGAAUAUGAAGGGAUUCAAUGGUUAGUAGGAGAUUUUUGAUGGCUCUUUAGUCAACGAAGCAUGUUUCCAUAUGUAUAAUUCAUCUACAAAGUUUUGUCAAUCAAAACGCUUUUUUUU